AUGGGGGUCCUCCUCCUCCGCUGGCCCCCCCUGAUCCUGGGGGCGGCUGCCCACCUGCUGCUGCUCCUGGACUGCGCAGGUAAGGACUGUGCUCUGGGGCGGGGGGAGAAAAUCAUUUCCACUAAGCUUUGGGGCGGGGGGGGGGGACUGGACACAUGAGACUUUGUGAAUUGCAUUUCGUGGGCACUGAAAGGGCGAUCGGGGGGUUUCCUGUCCGAAGCGGAGCCGGAUCCCUUCCCAGACAUCUGUUUCCCAGACAUGGGGCUUGUUUUGUAUGCCGCCCGGGGCAGGGGCCGCUUCACUCCUUGGCUCGUGGCUCAAGCAAAGAACAAAACAAAACUUGAAGGUGUUGGCAGGAUUAAUGGGGGGCAAAGUGACUCGCCUGUCUCGCCCCCCGCAGCUUCGUGUUGACUCUGGUUUGUGUGUGAGUGAGUGAGUGCGUGUCAGACAGAGAGACAGACAGACAGACAGACAGAGUACAGGUCUUCCCUCUUCUAUUUUUUACCUUCCCUCUUCUAACCCUCAGCCGCUCUGAAAACUCAGCUAAAAACCCUGGAGACCAGCCUGGGGGUGGGAGCUGGACGCGUGUAGAGCUGACUUCAUUGCGGGGAGGGAGGACGUCUGAAUAAGGGGUCCCCACCCGCAAUUCCCAAUGUUGUGUUGUUCAGGAGUUCCCUUUCACAGCCACAUUCAUAAUCAGGUUCUCCUGCUUUACAAUUGUAACUCACCCCCCAAAAAACCCCUUCCUGUUGCCUGUCAGAAAUGUAGAUUUUGUAAAUUAUGCAGGGGGCUCCUCUCUGCCGUUUCUGUACAGCCCCUUUCACUACGUUUUGUACACUUCGUAUCUGAAGAAGUGUGCAUGCACAUGAAAUCUUAUACCCAGAACAAACUUAGUUGGUCUCUAAGGUGCUACUGGACAAUUUUUUUAUUUUGACUGCGUCAGACCAACAGGGCUACCUACUUGAAUCUUUAUUGUAAAUAGCUUUUGUGGUUCUCUAAUGGAAAAUGGUAUGAAUAUAAUACAUUAGUUUAAAAGUUGCUUGUUGCAUAAAAAUUCUCAAAGUAACUUAAAAGCUUUAAGAACUAAAGAGUAAGACCUGUUAUUUCUCUCUUAAACCCUCUCCAUAUGGGGGGCUGCCCCCUCACUGUGUCUGCUACAGGGCUGGGCAAAGGGUGGCGGAGACCACUGGUUCCUUCAGAUUCCUCCUCACUUUGGGGUCUCACGUGUGACUCAUUUUGUGGCUCUUUGUCUCCCGACCACUGAGCAGAACUGCCUGUGUUGUUUAGCCAGAUGCCACAACCAGAGGCAGCCUUGCUCUGAGCUCUUGUGGUUUGAAGUGGGGGAAGCCCCUGUCCUGGGAGGGGAGGGUCUUAGAAGUGGGUCCCAUUUGAUCUUGCCUGAAAGGAAACUGAGCCGGAGGGAGGUAGCAGAGUCGACACACCAUCAAGGCGUAUGUAAUUCAAGCAAACUGAUCUUGCAGGUUUACGCUUCCUUGAACUUUGUUUUCCACAGUGGAUCUCCCUCAGCAGGUGGUAGAUUCUACUUCCUUGGAGAUUUGUUAGCAGAGGUUGUAUGGCCAUCUGCCAUGGAUGCUGCAGUCGAGAUGCCAGCAUCGCAGGGGGGUUGGAGCCUCAGAGUCCUGUCUAUGAUUUUUAUUUUAGUUUCCUAGUUGUUUUGAGAUGAGUCACUGGCCAAACUCAAGCGGGCUUCUUCCUCCUUGAGGGUGAAGUUGUCCAGAGUGCAUUCAAGACAAUUUUCACAGGGUCCUCAAGGACCACCUCUUUCUCUAUGAACCCACCCGGACCCUGAGAUCAUCUUCUGAGGUCCUCCUUCCUGUGCCGCCUCCUCUAGAGGUCUGGAGGGCGAAGGGUGGCAGCAAUGCGAGAACAGGGCCUUCUCUGCAGUGGCUCCCUGUCUGUGGAAGGCUCUCCCCAGGGAAGUUUGCCUGGCAUCUUCAUUAUACACCUGUUGACUAAGUCAGGCAAAAACAUUCCCUUUUAACCAGGCCUUUGGUUGAUUUGAUUGACAUCAUUUUAAAAGUGGGGGGGGGGGGGUUUGGGGGGUUGGCUUUUUUAUUAUUGAAUAUUUUGUGGUUUUAUAUUUUGAUUUUGUUCUGUGAGCCAGCCUGAGACCUCCAGGUGUAGGGCGGUAUAUAAAUUCAAUAAAGAAUAAUAAUUAUACGUCCCAUUUCUGCUACCUGAGGCAAAACAGGAAUAGCCUCCUCUGCCCCUUUUAGCACUGUGCCCCUUUACCUUCCGCCAGGAAAAUGCCCCACACAGAUUUUAUGAUCAGCUCCCUCCCUCCCCAAGUCUUUGUGAGCUGUUUCUGUGGGUCUUGGAUAAUCUCUAGGCAGAGAAUGUGUUGGAAGGAAGGCCUCAUCUUUACGCCCAAAUCUGUGAGGCCUUUCUUGGUACUGACAGAGUCAUCUUUUAAAAUUGAGUUUAUACCCCCACCUUCCUCCCAAAGGAGCCCAGGGUGGGAAUUAAGGGGCUGCAGCUGUCUUGGGGGGCCCUCUCUGUGGGGCUCAUCCUGUACCCUGUACAGCGGUGGCCCCAGAGAAGUACCAUGGAGCCUUGGCUCUUUCCCAAUGCACAAAGGAGGCACACAGCCCCCUUAGUACACAUUCACUGUGACUUGGGAAGAGGGUUAAGGAGUGUGGGGAGUGAGCAGAAACAGCAAAAUCUGCUGAUGGACGUCAACAAAAGUUAAUUGCUUCUGAUGGGGAUCUGCUGUGGAGACUCAUUAGGCCCCCUGGUGGCCAGAGCUCUGUCCCCCUUCCUGUGUUCGAUCUCGUGAAGGGGCAAGUGGGGGGAAAGGGGAUGUGGGGCCACAUGUUGAGACCUGACUCCAGAGUUGCUUUUGCCCUCCUGCCCCUGCUAUCCCUGGGGGGCCUCCUUUCUCAAUUGGGGAACCCGCUCUGUGGGUGGCAGCUCAGACCAUUGAAAGAUUGCAGCAUUGGACCAUUGAAACACCGAUUCUCAAAAGGGGAUCCAGGAAGGAUUUCGGAAAUUGCAGGCCAAUUAACUUGACAUCUGUCCCUGGAAAACUGGUGGAAAGUGCAGGAAACUGGAAUGCAUUUAACUUGAAGGAUUUCAACUGUAUGCUGGAUUCACACCAAUUAUAUAUGCAGAAGGCAGAGAGCUCUUUUUGUGCAAGGUUUUCCCAGUACCGAAAGAGCUUUGCAGCUCUCUGCCUUGCACAACAGACUGGCAGGUUCUCACAGGAUCUUGUGGGGCUCUCCUGAGUUCCCAGGAGAUCUUUCCAAAGCCUCCCAGAGCCCAGGAAGCAAGACCCAGGUCAGACCUGUUCAGUGCCUGGCUCCAGAAGGUCAGGUGGUGGGGCAGCUCUGAGGCAGUGGCUUCACUAGGCCCGUUUCUGCAGAUAUGAGCCAUCCCAGUCAGGGCAGACAACUCUGAGCUACCUGGAUCAGUGUUCUGACCCAGGAGGAGGCAGCUUCCUGUUCUCCCAAUAUAUGGAUUUUGCUUCGUCUGGUCUCCCCUCCAUCCACUUCCCAGACCUGAGCCUGCUUAGCUUCCAUUCGGUGCCUGCAUCCUGAGCCUUCAGACCAUGUUGUGGGAGCUCUCAUCAGCUUGGCGCUUGCAAGUGGGGGGCAAUUCCUGCCCCCUUGGCAAAAGGGGAGGGGCUGGCCUCUCUCUCCCUGACACGGAGCCUCAGCAGAGACAUGCAGAGAUUUAGUGCUGCCUGGCAGAGCUUUUUCUCCCCCUCUGCUCCAUGGGCUAAUGUUUGUUUGUUUGUUUGUUUUUUGAAGUUGAUCCAUUUAUUUUAUAGAUGAGACUACAUACAAGGGUCUCUUAUGAGCUCCUGAUUCAUAGAUGUCAGAAUCGAGUCUCUUUACUCUUUUUCUCCCUGACAUACAAUUGACUUAUUCUUCAUCACACACAGAGUUGGUUCAUAUAUGGGAUGUCGAGCUGAAUUCCCUUCAGCAAGAUUGUCAGCCUCAUUCUGUCGGUAGAAUCUUGAUUACUGGCAAUGAGGAAAGGUAAAAAGAAGUCAAGUUGACGUAACAUAAUUUAUGAGAGAUGCAAGCACAGGCCAAAAGACAAGAAUGCUCAGCAAGCCCACCACCUCUGGACAGGCUAUGUAUUGAAACACUAGCUGCAUUUGGACAUAACGCACUAAGCUUUGGGUUCAUGCAUUCCUCUCUUUGCAUGUGGCUACAAGGAGGCGAUUGGAAGCAUGUGCUUUCACUUUCAACUAACAUUGUGUUAUGUCUGAACUGAGAUAAACUGUAGUUAGUUUUACCUAUAGUGUGUCUGAUCAUGCCAAUUUCAUACCACAGUUUAUAAUCCUGGCUUGGUAGGACAAACUCCCCCAAAGCCUGAUAAACUUUGGAUCUCCUAAUUUAUUUAUUUUUUCCCCCAAAAGUUUUUAUUAAUUUUAUAACACAACUUAACAACACAAACAGAAAAACAGAAAAUACAAACAAAUUCUUGUCUUAUCCUUAUUUUUUCUAAACAUUGUUAGGUGAGCUUCCCCAAGUCCCCUGUAUCUGAUUUUCAUUUUACCUCAUCUUUAACAGUUUACAUAUAUCAUAAUUUUUAACCAUUUUUUUAAUCACACUUACUUUUACCAUAAAAAUCUUCACAUUUUAUCCCUUACAAGUAAUAAUAUUUUAAAAGACACUAUGUUCUACUUCUAACCCUACAGCCUAUAUCCACUUCCAUUAGCAUAUUUUUUCAAAUAUUCUUUAAACUUCUUCCAAUCGUCUUCCACUGUCUCAUCUCUCUGGUCUCGGAGUCUCCCAGUCAGUUCGGCAAGUUCCAUAUAGUCCAUAGAUCUCCUAAUUUAGGUCUGCUGCCUGCGAUACAGCAGGAUUAGGAUGCUGCCUUCAUCUGCAGGACCCCUAACUCUCUGCCCCCUUUUCUCUUCCUUUCCAGGCUCCACUUCUCACUCCCUGCGCUACUUCCACACAGCCGUGUCUGAGCCUGGCCAGGGGCUGCCCCAGUUCAUCGCUGUGGGGUACGUGGAUGACCAGCAAAUUGAUCAGUACGACAGUGACACCAAGGAGGAUCUGCCUCGCGUCCCCUGGAUAAGGAAGGUGGAAAAGGAGAUUCCUCAGUACUGGAAAACAGAGACUGAGAAAAGACAGGGCUCUGAGCUGGUGUUCAGGGUGGGUCUGCAGACUCUGCGGAAUCGCUACAACCAGAGCGGAGGUGAGUGGAAGGCAGGAGAGGCAAAGAGUCACACCUCUCCCCCCCCCAAUAAUGUUUCCUCCAAGGGCCAGAAUUGCAGGGAGGGGCUGCUGGGAGGAAAGGAAAUGGAGGGUGAGGGUCUCCACCAGGGCAGAGGCAUCUCCCCUUCCCUUAAUGAAGUUCUUAAUGGGGGCUGGGAUGGUGUGGGGUGGGGGGGACAGAGAACAAGACUUGGAGGGGAGAGACCCGCCCCCCAGUAUGACCCUCUCUGGACCUGCACAUCCUACCAGGGAAAUGUCUCCAUUGCCUGCCCUUCCUUCCAUGCUGGGCUUGGCUUAGGCCUUCUGAGGUAGAAAUCUGUCUAGUUCAUUUUCCUCUGGGCGGGGAAGAGAAGGGAGGGGAUCCUGAGGCUGAGGCAAGCAAGCCUUGAGUUCUGGUCCUGCUAAAGGAGAAGCCAGCUGCCCAGACAGAGGUGCUGAUUGGCUGACCCUUCUGACCAUCACCAAGCCCCUCCCACUCCCUGGCACAGUGUUGAAAGAGAAGCCUUUUUAAGGAACAUGAAUGGACUGGGUUUGGGGGGUCAGAGUGGCAACUACAUGGUUAAAACCAUAAGCAGGGUGGGCACCUGAAGUGGAGGGGUAGACAAGAGCCCCCAAGACCCCCAUACCUCCAGCAUUCAUUAUACAUGUGGACUUACUUUAUUCUCUAAUGGUCUACACUUAGGAAAGAAUAGCAGGACCUUUAGAAAGGUCUUCCACCCCCUUUGUCCAGUUAUGACGAUUUCUGCCACACUCCCCCCCCCCUUCCUCAUCCAACCUUGGAACUGUUACAACAGGAAUCGUUUAAACUCAGUAAAAGCUGGUAGACCUCUGGCAAAAGCCUCUUGGCACACAUUUUUGCUUUUUAAACUUUCUUCUGAAAUGAGUCAAAAGAUGUUCAUCCUUUUGAGAUGUUAGUUGUGUGAAAGGAGCCAGCAUGCUGGAAGGGUGGGGGGAGGCAUUUGUGUUUAGCCCCAAACUUGAGUGACUCCCCCCUCCAAUUGCAAUUUUGGAGCAGAACUUCAGAAGUGGGAGCCUCUGCUGGGUCUGGAGGGAGAUCUCUCUAUGAGUUUGCACCUUUACCUUCCAGGCUUCUCUACUCCCUCACUUCCUAAGCAGGCUCCCUGCUUCAGGACUUUAGCCCUGCCCCUAACAGCACCACAGGUGUCCCAGCACUUCAAACAAUAACUGCAGUGGAGGGGUAGAAAGGUGGGUGAGAUUGACCGGUGGGCUAUGCUGUGAUGUCAGCUUCAGGCUCCUGCCCCUUUUGGCCCAGGGGGACAAUCCUGAUCAGGAUCUGGCCCUGAAGCCAAAGAGAUUCCCCACCUGGGACACAGAAUAAUGGAGGUGGAAGGAGCCUUGCCAAAGGGGUCAGCCGGAGUGUGUCCAGAGCCCUCUGGGGCCUUCGUUGGCCUUGUCAGGCUUGCAAGGAAGAAACCCAGGGGGUCAGCUGAGACCAAGCCAGCGCUGCAAUGGGCAGGUCUGCUUUUCUUGCCGUGGGAUCAGGCCUGGCCUUGCCUUGCAGGCUUCGUCUUGGGCUCCUGGGAAUUCUGCUUCUCCCCCUUUUAAAAAUGGGGAUUGGGUCCCUCCUGAGCCCCUGCACCUGUCCAUGGAAAAUGCCCCAUAAAUGUCACCAAGGGGCGCCUCUCGUUUUCUUAUCAUUUCUUGCAAUUGCUUAGCUCAGAAAAUCCCAAACUAAUGAGGUAGCCACUUUAAAGGUGCCACGGACAGCCCUGGAAAUGUUAUCUGAUCCUAUUUAAAAACAAUGUUGAAGGUAUAGGUGUAUCGGGAUUGAUCUCACUUAACAUCUUGAGGAAACGGGAGGGGAGUGAGCUUCAUUUAUAAAAUGAGGGAGAAAGCAACUUAUGCUGAAGAAGCAAUGAGACAAAGCAACUUCCUCCAAGCAAAAGCUCCAUAUCCAGACCAGCUGGUGGGGCUUGUGGUUUGGUUUGGUUUAUUUUCGUAGGCCAACCACAAACCAUUGUUUGAGUGCAUAAAAAUAACUAUAUCACCUUGGGACAUGGCAUUGUAGAAGAUACUAAUUAUUUAUUUAUUUAUUUAUUUAUUAUUAUUAUUAUUAUUAUUAUUAUUAUUAUUAUUAUUAUUAUUAUAUAUGUUGAGUAGUUCUAGAGGGAGGACUAUAAAGUAGUAGUUCUGUUACAAUCUGUUACUUGCCAGAGGGAGCAAUCUCCCUUCUCCUCCCCCUGCACACCUUUCUGGGGCUUCUCCCGACCCCCCCUAAGCUGAUUUUUGGGUAGCACAUGGGAAGGAGAUGGGAAGAAAGCCCCAGUUGUGUGAGUGAGACUUGUUCCUUCUGGCUCCUGCUAGACUAACUGUGUUAUGCUGAAUCCAGCCCAGAAAAGCAGUAUUUCCUUCAAGAGAGGCUGCUCUCAUCCAGGGCUUUAUAUGCCCCAACUCAAUUCAGCUGUGAGCCAAAGGCUCCUGAGGUGAAAGAGGAAGCCAGAAUUAAGGAGAGAGCAGCCUGGUGUCCUCUGGGACAGCCUCUCCUCCAUUGCUGAACUCCCUCAGGCUACCCAGAAGCUCAAAGAGCUGUUAGGAAAACAUUCUUUAAGAAACAGAUAAAGGUUCCUGGAAGCUUUCAAGAGGGUUCCAGAAUUUUCUUUAGUGUGUAAGAGUGGCACUCUAGGCUUGAUUGGUGUCAGCUGGAGGUGCAAAUAAAGGGAGGAAGUUGCAGGCUGCAAUUUCCGCAAAAGGAAAACACACUCACACUCACACACACUCACACUCACACUCACACACACUCAGCACGCACCCUGACAACAAGGUUGGAAGUAAGACAAUGUUUGCUGCAGAUACUGUGAGUUUUGCUGUGUCAGGAUUGUUAAUUACUGGACUGAGAUGAUAUUGUGCUGGAGAUAUAAGGAGGAAUGUCAGUGGCUUGUAUCUAAUAGUAACAGACAUGCUUGUGCAACCAGUCAAGCAAUAAAGAAGCUCUUGACUGUGAAUUUGAGUCUGACUCCUGUUCUUGUCCUCUGCCUCCGGGGAAAACUCUGCUACAAACAGUCAGAAGUGGUUUGACUGAGAUGCCACCACACAAGCAGUAAAAGUGCAGCGGAAGUGUGGGGGCAGUAACCUCUAAUAAGAGCAGCAGAACUCUGUACAUGGCCAGGAGCAACCAUUGCCAUUUCCCAUCCUGUCUUGGGGUGCCGGACGUAGCUUCUCUCCAUGGUUUUGUUGUGGGAAAUCCAAAUGGCUGUCUGCUGACCCUGCUGGCUGGCCUAGAGGAGACAGGGCUGGGGUCCUCAGCACCCGUGGGCCCUGCCAGGGGUCUCAUCGAGUCCUGUGUGAUGCCACCUGCCAAGUGAAAACACCAGAUCAAUCCUUCAGAUACUGAAAUUGAAGAGCACAUUUAAAAGCCACGAGCAUUAACGUUGUGGAUCUGUAAAAUGGGACACUGGAGGUGCAGCAUGAAGAGUAGCAGAGAUAAGGAUCAUGCCCUCUUUGAUGAAGGAUUUAUUAGUUGGACAUCAACUAGCUAAUGUAAACCAGCUCUUCUUUUAUUAUCAAUCGACUGAAGGUUUUAUUAAAGUAUUUACAAUAUGUAUUUCCCACAAAACUGUAUCAAGAUAGUAUACAACCUGGAAAGAUAUAAUAAAAAUCAGGGAAAAAAUCCAUAGAAUGUACAUAAAACAUCAAUAAAUACUAUUUAUUUAUUUAUUUAUUUAUUUAUUUAUUUAUUUAAAUACAUACACUUAUUGAUUGUAAACCCCCCCCCCAGUAAAAUUAAGAAAAACUCACAACCAUACUUUAAAACACAGGAAGUUAAACUACUAAAACAGAUUAGAAUUACCUCAACUUUCUAGGCAUCUGGGUAGGCUUGUCUAAACAGGAUUUUUUUUUAGCAGGUACCAAAAAUUCAGUAUUUAUUGAAAGUGAGAGCUAGGGCAGGUGUUUGACAUUUUUAGUACACACAGGGUUGCAUCCAAUACUGUUAUAUUUCGAGUAGACCCAUUGAAAUCAGUGCAUUAAAAACAGAAAUGCCAAAUCACUUCCGUGGGUCUACUCUGAGUAGGGGUUGCAUUAGAUACCACCCCAGAUCUUGGAUGAUGCAUCCAGUCCAAGUGCCAUCUCUGAAAAGUGAGCCGCGAGGAAACUGCUCUGUCUGAAUGUCCGGCUCCCCAGGCUGCCUUUGGCUGAGAUCCUGGCAGACGUGCUGUGCCCCCUUCUUUCCCCUGUGCCCCCAGGAGACCCCUUGAGGCCUCACUUCCAAGUUCUCUGGCCUGGGAGCCACAGGACACAGACUCCUGGUCUCUCCUCCUCUCUCCUGCGCUUCUGGAUGCGGCCCUUGCAGGAGCAGAGGGAGGUGGGGCAGGGAAGGGGCACUCAGCUCUGGGGGGCAAUGAGCAGCCAAGCAAGGUCUGUCCUCCAGCUCUGUCCUCUCCCCAGGAAAGCUCCCAGCUCUUCACAGCAUAGACUGCCCUGAUGGUGCUGAGCAUCAAAGGGAAGAGGCAUGGCCUUUUGAAAAGCAACAAGUUGGCUUAACAUCAGCAUUUAAUUAUUUUCACCAGGAGCAAAGGAUUCAGUAUAUAGCCAAAGUGGGUUUAGGCACACAUUUACAAACAUCUGUUUGUUCCAUCAUUUAUAUCUUUAUAUUCCACUCCAUGAGCACAGUUACCUUUCAGUUGUCCUUGAACCUGGGUUCAAAUCCCUCAAAUGCAUCACUUGCUUAAUAUUAUACAGUGGUACCUUGGUUCUCAAACUUAAUUCGUUCUGGAAUUCCUUUCCAAAACCAAAGCGUUCCAAAACCGAGGUGCGCUUUCCAUAGAAAGUAAUGCAAAACGGAUUAAUCCGUUCCAGACUUUUAAAAGCAACCCUUAAAACAGCAAUUUAACCCAAAUUUUACUAUCUAACGAGACCAUUGGUCCAUAAAAUGAAAGCAAUAAUCAAUGUACUGUACUAUAAAACAAAUAAGACAGUAUUGUAGAUGAUAAAAAUUAAAAUUAUUACUUUUUUCCUUACCUGCACUGAUGAUAGUCGUUGUUUGGAUGGGGGGCUUUUAUCCAUUUCCGCAGUCACACAGUCAAUAAAUCGUAUCAGUAGCUGAACUGGGUUCCACACAGUAACGAAAACAAAUUAACCGAAAAAGCCACAAAAACGCAAAAUAAAUACAGUCAUGCCUCUUCUUGCGAACGCUCCAUGUUGCGUUUUUUUCAGGUUAAGAACACGGCAAACCCGGAAGUAUUUACACAUGCGCACAAGCGCCACUCUGGUUACGGACAUUUCGGGGUGCGAACGGCACCCCGGAACGGAUCGUGUCCGCAACCAGAGGUACCACUGUAGCAAAAACAAAAGCGCCAAAUACAGUUGUACCUUGGUUCUCGAACUGAAUCCAUUCCAGAAGUCCGUUUGACUUCCGAAAUGUUCGAAAACCAAGACGCAGCUUCUGAUUGGUGCAGGUGCCCCGCAAACAAGAGCCGACAGCUGCAUCGGAUGUUCGGCUUCCGAAAAACAUUUAAAAACCGGAACACUUACUUCUGGGUUUUUGGCGUUUGGGAACCAGGCCGUUUGAGAACCAAAGCACCACUGUAUAUCACAGCCUUUCAUUUAGAAACUGCAAAAAAGAUUUAACACGGGGAAAAAGAUGGUGAUUGCGAUACAGCAGUGGUGAGAAAACCUCCUUCAAAUCUUAAAUUGCUACCCACAUAAGCUAACUAAGCGAAUUACUUGAUCUGAAGACUGCAGGUUAAUCCAGAGCGAGGAGUUUACAUUCAGCCCAUACUCAGACUUACGGUUGUCCGAAGUGAGGCCUCCCUGGGCACCAGUGUACAAAAGUACUUGUAUUGCAGGGCAGAGGGGACACAAUAAUGGAAAGUUCUACGGAAGAAGACUCUGCAGUGGCAGGCACAGAUGUCUUCCCUCCACCCCCCAUGCCUGUUAUUUGUGGCACAAAACAAGGAUGCCGGCUGACGCUUGGCUCUCUCCCUGGCACCGUUGGCAUUGGCUUUGUGGCAAAGGAGUAAUAGGGAGGGAUCCUGGAAGAGAGCAAAGAGCUGGGAAUCCAGUUGGAAAUCCAGCCGUGGCACUGCCAAUUUUGAAAUGGGGGGGGGGGUUUCCCAGGCAGCAAGUUUAUUGUAGCUGCAUUAUUGAGGUGCCAAUAUGCCCCCCCCAGUCUGCUGCAAUCAUGACCCCAGAAUAAGCACAGCUAUGAGUCCCCCCCCCCCAUGAAACGUCUUCCCUCUGCCUCCUCAUCCUCCCCACUGCCCUGGUGAACUGGGGGUGGGGGGCGGCCGGGUUCUGCAGUGCUGGAGACGACAGGAAGGAAGGAUAGUGUCCCUAUUCCAUAUUCCAUAGGGAGAUGGGGGCCCCCACAGGGAUGCUGGCUGUCAGCCCCCCUUUCUCCUUGGAGCCUUUCAGAAUCCAUCAGGUUGUCUGAACUGCUCACCCCACCUUCUGGGGGGCUGAUAGAGAACGGGGCCCCACAUCUGGCAGUUGCUCUUCUUAAAAACCUGCCUUACCCCAUGGAACUGACUGCCAGGAAAGAGUCCCUCAACAAGAGAGUUCAGAAAUGGGCUAGUCACAUUCUUCCCAGCUGGUUUUAGGCGUCUGGUGUGUGGGCAGCCAGGAUCACAAACCGAUUUUAUUUUAUUUUAAUUUCCAAUUGUAACUGCUCAGUCCUCUGCAUGUUUACUUGGAAGUAAGUCCAAGCCCACUCAGUGUGACUUACCUUCAAGUAAAUAUGCAAAGACAAAUAUAUGAAACAUGUAAUGAGAGAAUCAAAAUGAUCUGUCCCAUUUAGGGAUUACGGGACUUCAAAAUGAUUGUUUAAAUGUUGUUGUUGUUGUUUUGAAGAUUUGGUGGUGGCCCCCUGGGGUGGGCAGGAGGAUGCAGGGACCCCCCAUCUUUGACAAGGGCAGCCUGGCUUCUGCUGAGAAGGGGGGCCAUUUUGAAGUGGGGCAAACCCCCCUUGCGGCUAUGAGGAAACGUCUUUUUCCGAAGGCCCUUCCAUGACUUCCCUCCUUUUAGGGAAAAGGUCCUUGAUAUGGAGAAGCUGGGGGGAGAGAGAUGGAGGGGAAGAGGAGACCUUCUCUCUUGAAAGGGCCCCCAAUGUGUGGGUGUCCCCCUUCCAUGUUGCCCCUUUCUUCUUUAUGGGGGGGGGGCAUCUGAGGCAUCCCUCCCAAAGGGGCAAGAUCCAGAGGAGCAGAGCUGGGGGGAAAGAGGGACAGACUGUGACCUCCGACCUGCAAGGGAUGCUCCCCACCCCUCCCCCGCCUCCAGGGAGUUGGGAGAAUCCACUAGGAAUUGGGGGAGGGGGGGAGACUGUGAGGCGAUGAGAGAGAGGAGGGCAAUUAAAGGGGGGUUUUAUAGGCUCAGGAUUGUAGCGUUUCCCUCAGUGAACGUGUUAUGCGGAUGAGCCUUCAGAAAGAUGCAAUGCUGGUUGAUUUUUCUGACUGCUGCCUCUUCCCUGAGUCUGAGGGAAAUAAAUCCUUUUUCCUGGGCUCUUUUGCUGAUGGGGGAGGGGCUGCUCUGACCCCCCUUGACCUCCUGGGCCUCCUUUGGUCCUUCCAGGGAUCCACACCCUUCAGAGGAUGUCUGGCUGUGAGCUGAGGUCAGACGGGCGCAAAGGAGGAGGGUAUUGGCAGUACAGCUAUGACGGGAGAGACUUCAUCGCCUUUGACAAGGAGACCCACACCUGGACGGCAGCUGAUACAGGGGCCCAAGCGACCAAGAGGAAGUGGGAUCCUGACAACGCCCGGAACGAGUACCUGAAAGCCUACCUGGAGGAGGAGUGCAUUGAGUGGCUGCAGAGAUACCUGGAGUACGGGAAGGAGACUCUGCUGAGGACAGGUGAGGGGGGGCAGUGGGGAGGGGAGGGGGGCUCAGUGGGGCAGUUUCCCUACAAGCUCCCCUCCCCCCCUUAACAAUCUUCCUUUCUGGACCAAACAGCAAACACUUUUCUUGGUGGUGGUGGCAGAAAUAAGUUGGGGCCUCUGGGAGGAGAAAAGGGGUCACUUCAGAGUAUGAUGUGGGGGGGGAGAUGCUUAAAAACAGCCCCACAUGCCUAGACUAAGGGAUGGCAAAAGACAAAUGGGGGGAGGGGACACAAAGAAACAGCAGGGAAGGGGCCAGGAAAGCAAAAUGCAUUUUAGGUAAAAACAUAAAAUUGAAAUGGACAGAUUUGAGGCGGGAUACAGAAAAACAUUCUGCCUUUACACUUGGGUAGGGGAAAGUGGGGCAGAUUGAUGCAGAAAAAUUCAAUCUCAUAUUUUAUGUACCAAAAUGAGUCAAAUAAUAAAAAAAUUGAUUUAUGCAUGGCAUAACUAAUCAAUAUUAUAUUAUUUUUUUUAAAUGAUAUUUAAAUAUUUAAAUGAUAUUUAUUGAAGUUUCACAUAAAAAGAGACAUCUUAAUAAGAGAAAAACAAUAAAUAAAUAAAUUUAAAAGUAAAAAGAGAAAUACAAAAUACAAAAGAAAAAGAAAGAAAAAACAGUUAAAAACAAUUCCAUCUUUUCAUUAUAACUUUUACAUUAACUUGAUUUCCCGGACCUCCUCAUACCUCCCUCUUUUGUAUUCCAAUUCAAUUUGUUUGUUCAGCAAUUCCUUUCCCUCCUUUUUAAUCCCAAUCCUUAAUCUUAAUAUAAUAUAACAUUAAAUUUUAACCUAUUAAAAGCCAAUUUUCCAUUUCUUUUAACUUUUUUGAUCCUAAUCCUUAAUCUUGAUCUAUAUAUAACUUUAAAGCCUGUACAGCUAGAAGCCACUUCAUUUCAAUCCAACAUCACUCUAACAUUCUUUAAUUUUGCAAUAUUUCCGUAAGUAAUCUUUGAAUUUCUUCCAAUCUUCUUCCACCGACUCUUCUCCCUGGUCACGGAUUCCCCAUGCCUAGAAUAAGGGAUGGCAAAAGACAAAUGGGGGGAGGGGGAAGAAAGAAACAGCAGGGAAGGGGCCAGGAAAGCAAAAUGCAUUUUAAAUUAAGUAAAAAAAGAAAAUUGAAAUGGACAGAUUUGAGGCAGAAUAAUGAAAAGCCUUUUGCCUUUACACUUGGGUAGGGGAAAGUGGGGAAAGUCUUUAAAACUAUAUUAAUUAACCUUCUUUAAAAUAGAAAAUGUGUGGGGAGCCCCCUCACUAAGUCUGUAGGUUAGCCACUCGUGGCCUAGAAGCAGAAAUCCUGCACAUAGUGAGAGAGUAUGGGAAGUCCCUCUUCUACCUUCUUGUAUUUUUUAUUUGUGAGGAAUUUUACUUUUUCCCAUGGGGAACAUUCAAUCCCGUGCCUUGAAAUGGUGCAGUCCACACUUCUGCCUUCAGGAAUUUGGCACAGGUGCCAAUCAAAUGAUCAAGUGUUUUGACUGGCUUUCUUCCUGUCUCGUAUUAGUUUUGCUAAUGUGAACAUUAAUUAAAAAUGAAAUAAUUCUAGCACCCUCCGUUUUUGAGGCCUGACACAUACGUAUUAGCCGCCAUUUCCACUCCAGGGGAGGCUGCCGUGGAGAAGGGAGAUGGGCCCUUUCCAACCUCAAGGGACCCUUUCAGGGCAGGCGGGAGAACUAGAAAGGAGCUCUGUCUUUCCCAGGGCUGUUGGCUUUGUUCACUAACUAUUGGGCUGAAAAGUCCCGGAGAACAGAGAGCAGCGAGUCCAGCAUUUCUUCCCCCUCGAGAGAGGAACCAGGAUCAGCCUGAGCUACCUCCUGCUAUGGAUGUCUCUCUGCUAACCCCAAUGCGGCCCUUUUUGCAGAGGCUCCGGUGGUGAAGGUGACCAGGAAGGCAGACUAUGACGGCCUGGAGACCCUCGUUUGCCAAGUCCACGGCUUCUACCCCAAGGAGAUUGAGGCCAACUGGGUGAAGGACGGGGAGGUCUGGCAGGAGGGCACCCUCCGAGGAUUGGUCGCCCCCAACUCGGACGGGACCUACUAUCUCUUGCUCAGUGUCCAGAUCGACCCCGAGGAGAGGGAGCGCUUCCGGUGCCGCGUGGAGCAUGACAGUCUGGAGAAGCCUCUGGACGUGGCCUGGGAGAAGGAGCCUGGUGAGAGACAGACAGACAGACAGGAGGGGAAGGGGUGGGCUCUGGGAGGGGGAUUUCCACCCAACUCCUCCCUUCAGCAGCAGCGCAGCUCAGAUGGGGAGCCCCAGUUGGAUCCUGUCUAUGUCUCUGGAGGGAACUAACUGAAUCAGAAUCGGUAGAUUUCGACAGAGAUGCAGCCAUUUCUGGCAAGUGUCUCAUAGGCCUUGAAUUCAAAUUGGAUGUCGUAGGUAAAAACUAGCCGUCACCUUUUUGCCUUUAAGCCCAAGUAGUUGUGAUGUCAAAGAAUGUGGGCACAUAUUUUACUGCUUCAGAAUCAAACUUACUCACAGUCACUGCGGCUGAAAAAGGAGCAACGAACUUAAAAGAGGGAGUCCCAGACUGACUGUACUUCACAGUGAAAAAGAUUCUCACUCGCUCUUCCUCACAAGCACGCCCAGCUACGAAAACUGAUACUCAUCUCCACUCAGCCCAAACAUCCGCACACCGUUGGGAAGAGCAAGCAGUGUUUCUAGUAAUGCUUGUCUCUCACACACUGCCAGGAAAGCUGUGCCUGCAGGAACCAAAGCAGAAAGUCUAAGAGCAAGACUCCCUUUUCCCCAGCAGGAGCACAUGAACGCACAUCCCCACCCACACCCCAGACUCCCCUUCUCACAGGCAGGCAAGCGAGAAUUAUGGAAGCGGCCCCUGAGCCAAAGACUCACACAGGCAGGGCAGAGGGGACCAGGGCUCACUCACUAGCGCUACGGACUUCAGAGAUUCCACCCAAACAAAAAAACCUGGACAUUUUUCCUCAUUUUAAGAAUCUGUCUGGACAGACAUUUUAAGUCUGAAAAAGAGGGUGCAUCCAGGAAAAACCGGACGUAUGGCAACCCUACACAAGAUGCUUCUUCCUAAGGGUUUGUGCCUUCCCUGAAGGCCUGUAAUGCUGGGCUCUGGGGGGUCUCAGAGGGGAGGGAAUCCCUUCCUCUCAGGGUCAUGACAGAGAAGGCUGAAGCGCCUGAGCAGGAGGAGACCUGCUUUUAAGUCUGGAGUCUGUGAUGAAACAGGUGUGCCUGUCAACUGUCUUCCUUAAAUGAAUUGGUUAUUUUAAAGACCUCUAAUGCUGGACUCUGGUGGAAAAAAAUCUCCCUUGUAUCGGGGCCACUACAGAGAGGACCUUGGCCUGUCAGGAGAGAGAGAGAGGGCUUGCUUUGCACAUGUAAAAUCCUCCCGGGCUCAUAGCUCAGCACCUCCACUCCAAUCUCCUGCUUGAGGCCUUGGGGAGCUGCUGCCGCCAGUCUGAAUAAAAAUAUCUCUUGUCCCCUUUCAGUCAACUUGUGGCUCAUUCUGGGAGCUAUUUUGGGUGUUGUGGUCCUGCUUGUCGCUGUGAUCUCUGGGAUCAUCUUCUUCAUCCGCAGUAAGUAAACCCUGGAUGCAUUUGCUGCCUCUCCUAUGUCCUUCUGUCUUGGCCUCCGACUGGGAAUGUCCUGGUGGAGCUUCCUAGCAACUGCCCCUUGUAUCCCUAGAGAGACCCCUCCCCAUAAAACUGUGAGAUUUUGACCAGCUUCGGCCCAUCUGAAGCUGAUACAGGCUCGUCUCAUCUUGAGCCCAAGCAGAGUAGUCCACACAGCAGAAGGAUAAGCAGUAUGUGCCACAUUCUUAACUUUAUUUCCACUCUAUGCUGAGAGAAUACAAACAUGCAUCUUGCCUCUGUGAGAGCAGAGAAGCAACUCCUCUCGGAAACAAAGAACACCGAGAGAACAGUGAAAAACAGGAAACCAGUGUACGUCACAUCCAGUCUCCCAUUCCUGUGGGAAUCCAACAGUAACUCUGACUGUGGAAUGCAAAACAAUGUCUUGUGACUGCAGUUGCUGCUCAGUGAGGGAAAUAGAAACCAACAAAAACACCCUUUGAACAUGAACCAAAAGUCCUGUUGCUCAUUGCUUUGUGCUCACUCUGUGCUCAGGAAAUUCACUUUCCACCUGACGUUUUAAUCCAUCCUAAGCCUUCAAUCCUGUGCACACUUAGCAGGGAGCCUUCCUUACACAUCUUUAGGCCCCAGGCAAAAACGUUUCUCUCGAACCAGGCCUUGAGCUUUUAAAUGUGAGUUACUGGUUUGUUUUUGUUUUAUUAUGUUGUGCUCUCAUUUUGUAUUUUUAUUUGGAGAAUCACCAAAAUAAUAAUCCAAAAAUGAAUGAGUGAAGGGACUGGAUAAUGUCCCUCUUGGAAUUUGUCCACUGCCUGGUUUCCUCAUGUUGACUUUUUUAUUUAAUUUCCUCAAUUUUUUCUACUUCUUUGUAAAAUGAGUUCCUUGAAAUGCUCACCUUCUGGGCUCCCCUUCCUUGGAGGUUUUUGGAAGAGACAAGAGGAGCAUCUGCUGGGAAGGUUUCAGCAUCUGAGAACCAAAUGGUCGAAAUGGGAUGGGUGGCCUCUGGAGGUCCCUUCCAGCUCUGACCUUCUGCUUUUGUCUUCACAGGGAAACAGAGUGAGAAAUCAGCCUACAAAGCAGCCUCAAGUGAGUAACUCCUCCCCUCUCUCUGUCUGACAUAUUUCCCCCCAAUAUAGAGAAGGAACAGGUUACAAACAGACAAAACUAAACCUGGUGGUGGCCUGGUCCUUAAGCCCAAGACCCUGAUGGAAAGCUUAAGCCUGUCUGCUCAGCCUGUCUGUGGACAGCAAGGGGUCCCUCAGGGCCAGGAAAAGGCUGCAGAGAGACUGUCGGCUGAGGGAGGGGCUCCAAGAAGGAGCAGGAGGAAGAGCCGAGGGUGCGGGAGAGAGGGAUCUCUGGGGGUUUAAUUUACUGGAACCUGAAGCUAAAGAAUUGGUUCGUCGGCUCAAGUCUGUGGGUGUCAGGAACCCUCCCCUCUGAAUUUGGCACCACUGCUCCCCCCCCCCCGCUUCUGCCUUUCUGCCCUCUUCCUUCCCAAAUCACACCCACCUCCACUUCAGUCCCCCGCUGCCUCCAUGCCAGGCUGUGCCCCUCUCUCUGCCCUCCAGCACCUGCUUCUCCCCCCACUGCUGCCCUUGAGCCCCCUUGCCUCUGGGCUGCCUGUCCCUGAACUCUUCUUAGGCCCCUCCCCAUAUUGAGACUGAUUUGGGAUGGGGUCGGAAGGAGGGAGGAGAAGGGCUGUGGGGAUGUGAUCUCCCUCCCCGGGAUCCUGAUUCCUGUAUUUCCUCCCUUUUGCAGCAAGUGACCAGGGGUCCGACAGCUCCGCCAGGGGUAAGUGGGGGUGCAGGUGGGGGCAAAGGGAGUCUCUUGCAGAAGACUCCGUGGGGAAUAUCCCCAAAUGGUGAAAAGCUUCUGCUUUCCUGUUACCCACCUUGGGAGUCACAUUUUGGGUUCUGAAUGAGAGUCACAUUUUGGGUUCUGGAAGGGAUUUCUCCUAGUAGGACUGCUUUGUGUCCUCCUGGCAUUCCCCCAAAGUGUGCAGCUUGGCUCACUUGCUUGAGCUGCCCUCUGCAGGCCCAUUUUGGUGGUGCUCCUUAGGUCUGAUUUGACAUGAUGUGGGAUGGUGGCUUUCCUUGUGAGGCUGGACUAGAUGGCCUUUGGGUUCCCACUAGCUCUGUAAUGUUGAUGUCCCCACACUAUGAUGUUGGCUUAACUUUGAAACACUCCUUUUCUUUUUCCCUUCAGUUGGUGUGUGA